CACAGUGGAGGGGAGAGGGAGACACAGGCAGUCCUGAGUCCACACAGUAGUGUCUUCACAGCGCUCAGAGGAUACACAUCAAAACCAGGACUACUGUCGACUCCUCAGCACUGAGGUACUGUGUGGCUCGCUGGCAGCAGGAAGGACUAUGAGGGUGGCUGCCACCUGCACUGCAGAGCUCUGUAACUUUGGCAGAUAGGAUCAUUAUCCCCCUGUAAGACACCCUAAGAGCGGGGAAGAUGAGGACUUGGAUUGUACUUCUUCUGUGGGCAUGUGCACACAAAACUGUGAAUGCAGUUGCCCUUUCAAGAGGGCCGGUUCGAAGGAAAACCAAAGAAAUUGAAGGACAGCAAGACAAAGAGUUGCUCAGACGUUCAAAGAGAGGAUGGAUGUGGAGACAGUUUUUUCUGCAAGAGGAAUACACAGGAACAGAACACCAAUAUAUUGGCAAGCUUCACUCAGAUAUGGAUAAAGGAGACGGCACAGUGAUGUACGUUCUCUCAGGUGAAGGUGCGGGGACGAUCUUUGUGAUAGAUGCCAACUCAGGAGAUCUGCAUGCUACCAGGAGCCUGGACAGAGAGGAGAAACCUCUCUACUCGCUCCGAGCUCAGGCUGUCAACAAGAAGACCGGUGUCCCACUGGAGCCAGAGACUGAGUUUAUUGUGAAACUACACGACAUCAAUGACAAUGAGCCCAAGUUUGACAAGGAGGUUUAUACAGCGUUCGUACCUGAGAGGUCACACAUUGGCACCUAUGUCACUCAAGUUACCGCCCAGGAUGCAGACGAUGAAAUGUUUGGCUACAGUGCAAAGCUAGCCUACAGCAUCAGCCAGGGUCAUCCGUACUUCUCAGUAGAGCCAAACACAGGUAUAAUCCGGACAGCUUUGGGACCUUCCGAUAUGGACAGAGAGCAGAGGGAGCACUACCAGGUGGUGAUCGAAGCCAAGGACAUGGCCGGCCAGAAAGGGGGCUUAACAGGCAGCACCACAGUAAACAUCAGCCUCACCGAUGUCAACGACAACCCCCCUCAUUUCACACAGAGUAUAUAUCAGUUCAGCGUUCCAGAGCUCACCAACGUAGGAUCAUCAGUUGGCAGGAUCGAGGCUGUGGAUGCCGACGUCGGCAGAAAUGCAGAGAUGGACUACACCGUUGUUGGCGGAGACGGUCUGGAUGUGUUCGACAUCAGCACUGACAGGAACACCCAAGAAGGCAUACUUAGCGUAAAGAAGCCUCUGGACUACGAGAAGAAGAAAUCAUACUUGCUUCAGAUCAAGGUCCAAAACACGCAUCCAGACCCACGAUUUCUGAGCCUGGACGCUAAGGACAUAGCAACUGUCAGGAUCAGCAUUGAGGAUGUGGAUGAGCCCCCACAAUUUCAGAAAAUCAGCUAUAUUUUGGAGGUGAAAGAGGACGCGGCUGUGGGCACAGUGAUAGGAUCGGUCAGUGCCAUGGAUCCUGACAUACGCCGCAGUCCGGUCAAGUAUUCAAUUGAUCGACACACAGAUGUGGACCGGGUUUUUGGUGUCUAUGCUGGGAAUGGUUCUAUAUUCCUGCAGAGGCCUCUGGACCGAGAGGAAUUUGCUUGGCACAACAUUUCAGUGAUCGCAACCGAGUUCAGACACUUAGACAACCCAGAGCAGACCAGCCGAGUGCCUGUGUACAUCCGCAUACUGGAUGUCAACGAUAACCCCCCUAUGCUGGCAUCCUUCUACGAGACCUUCGUCUGUGAAAACGCCAAAGUCGGACAGAAAAUCCAGACAAUAAGUGCGGUGGAUCUAGAUGACCCGGUCGGUGGACAUCGCUUCUUGUUCUCCUUGGCACCAGAGAGCUCAGUGCGAGCAAACUUCUCAGUCCGAGAUAAUGGAGAUAACACAGCUGGAAUCUUUACACGACGCGCCGGAUUUGGCCGAAUGCACAAGAGCACCCAUCUAGUGGCGGUGGUGAUCUCAGACGGAACCUUUCCCAUGCAGAGCAGCACGGGCACGCUCACAGUUCGGGUGUGCACGUGUGACCGAGAUGGCAACAUGGAGAUGUGCAAUGCAGAGGCUCUGACCAGCUCUGCGGGGCUCAGCACAGGGGCGCUGGUGGCCAUCCUGCUCUGCAUCCUCAUCCUGCUCUUGAUUGUAGUGCUGUUUGCUGCCCUGAAACGUCAGAAGAAGAAAGAGCCCCUGAUCAUCUCCAAGGAGGACGUGAGGGACAAUGUCGUCAGCUACAAUGAUGAGGGUGGCGGCGAGGAGGACACACAGGCCUUUGACAUCGGAGCGCUUCGGCAUCCGGAAGCAAUGGAGGACAGCAAAAUGCGUCGGGACAUCCUGCCCUCCGAGUCACUCUACCCCCCGCCGCCGCUCCGUAGGACCAUUGUGCCGUCCCGAGAGAACACAGACGUGCUGGACUUUAUCAACCAGCGCGUGCAGGAAAAUGACGGCAACCCCACGGCUCCUCCUUAUGACUCAUUGGCCACCUACGCGUACGAAGGUAACGGCUCAGUGGCCGAGUCGCUCAGCUCACUGGGGUCCGUGUCCUCGGAGGGGGCGCAGGACUAUAACUACCUCAGCGACUGGGGGCCACGCUUCAGGAAGCUAGCAGACAUGUACGGCGGGGAGGACAGUGACUGGGACUCCUAAUGGACAGACUGCGGAACAAGACUCAUUUGCUGAUCUGCCUCUACAUGAAGACUGGAGUGGCAGAAUGAGGCAGCCUAAUUUCUUUUACAAAGUGCCCUUUUAUCCUUCUCUUUGUCCUACAAUCAGUCAGCCGGUUUCUCUGUCGUGAUUGGCUGUGCGUUUUCUCAAAAGAGGAGACGAACUUUCC